AUGGCUGAUGACGAGUCGGUUGCUUCAAUGUUACGACAUCGGAGUUCGCUCAAGACCCUGUGUGGGCUUCUGCGUUCAGGUGUUACGAGGAAUGGUGUGGCUACUUCUACUGUCCUCGUCCGUAUGCUGUCGCUGUGCUCCUCAGAGUCGCCACCUACGACACGCCCUUUGGAUCAGUACAAGUUGCCCGUCUAUACCACAUCUGAAUCUGGAAACCAUGCCACAAUGCACUAUUCUGCUCGGGACAAAGUGAGAGUUCAGCUCGUUGCUCGGAAUGCGCUCACAAGUGGGAAUCCAACAAAUGGGUUAUCUCAUGUUGAAGAGGGCUGUGCACAGACUGAUCCACUGGCGAUUAGUUCUCGGGAUUAUUCACCGUACAAAACACUAAUCGACUGUGAGCUGGACGUUCGCCUUUCGACUUCGGCUCUCAUCAUGUUAGGUGACGAUAUGUUUUCUGGUUUGGCGCUACAGGUGCUUGGCACACUGUGCUUGAGUCUGCAGUCGUCUUUCUGGAUGUGUCUCAAUAUCAAAGUGAAUGUCGGCCGGGCACUCUCAACUAAACGUGCUCCACAGAGCCUUCAUGCACUUCAUGGUCUUGAAUUUAUCACAUUUAUCUGGUUGGCCACGGCAAUGGUCUAUAACUAUAUGCAACCUUACAUUGAGAACGUCGCGUUUUCAUACGAUGGCGUCUCCUCGCUGGCUACUCACCCUACUAACAACUAUUCAUAUCUGAUAGAUGGCCUUUUGGCCCUUUCUGCUCUGUAUACUACUUAUUUGCUCUAUGGAGAUGUCGCUACAGUCAGUGAUAUCGUCGAUGUGAUACGAGUCACUUUGCUCAGAUUCUGGCGCAGCUUUACGCCCUUUUGUGUACUAUUCAUCCGUGGAUUCUGUUCCUGA